UUUCACCCUCCCAAGCACAGUAAGUCCCGAAGCCAGGUUUACUCCCUUGAAAGGCCUCAGAGAGGUGGGCAACUCCCAGUUUGACUUUCCCACGCGGUGGAAGCGCCAAGUGCUGGGGAACCAGCUCAGCAGGGUCGUCCCGAAUGAAGGAAUGAGUUUAGGGUGGUUUGGCCAGAAAGACCCCGGACGCUUUACCCCUACCUCAAAGCUCAAACCGCUCUUAGCCCCCUGCCUCUCUGUACGGAAGCGAUCUAGGGCUGCGGGUCAAACCUAAUCCUUCUGGCACCCGAAUCUCUCUUGGCCUUCCACCAGCUGCAUACAAGCUGAGGACUUCUCCCAGGGGCUGCCCAGAUUAUCAGGAUGGACGAGUACCUGGGAAAAACAUAUAAAAGCCCAGCCACAGCUUUGUUUGGAGUUAGUUGCUUGCUGUGAGUUAAAGAUGUUUCUCCAAGCUGGAUUUCUGAGAGGCAGACACUUGGAAAGGUUUCGAAGGGCUGCUAAUAUUGAAGAUUUAGAGAGUCUUCUCUGUGUUAUCUGCUGGGAUGAAGCCAUUAAGCCAAUCACUAUUGAAUGUGGACACACUAUUUGUUUAUAUUGUUUUAUGAACAAAGCUUCUUCUUCUUCAUGCUGCUCAUCAUGCUGGGAAUUCUCUCAGCUGAAAAGUCUUCAGGCUGACAUUGUCAUGCAUCCUGAAGGAGAAGGCAUGUGUGAGAUACACCAGGAAGACCAGAAGUUCUUCUGUGAUAGGAACAAGACCCUGCUCUGUGUGACCUGCUCUAAAUCGGAGGAUCAUAACUACCACAUCCAUUGGCCCAUUGCAGUGGCAGCUUUCCGCUACAGGAAGAAAAUUAAGCUGCUUCUGGAAAUCUUGGGCGGGAAUGUAAAUAAAAUUCAGCAACUUCUACUUAAAGAAGAGAAACCCCUGACAUCAUGGGUUGUGGUAUGGGCUGCCCACAGUGGCAUGUCCAGAAAAAUGUUGGAGAAAAAAAUUCAGGAAUCACAUACACUCCUGAAGGGAAAGGAGGAGAACGCAAAAGAGGAAGAACUUAUUCUAGACAUGAACAAGAAGUUCAAAGAACUUUAUCAGAGGCUUAUGGAGGCGGAAGUUACCCAGGAAGAUAAAAUAAUGGAACAGAAGAAGGAGUGGAGGGCCAUGAAGUCCAUACAAAGCAAAUUGCUAACAGACAAAAUCACUGAGCUGAAAGAAAAGAACCAGAAACCAGACCUGGCAAUACUACAGGAUGUGACAGAAAUACUUCAAAGGGGGGUUUUUCAGCCCAGUUUGGAACCUUUCAUUCCCAGAAUGGAUGCUUCUUAUCUCAUGAUAGCAACUGAGUUUUUGAAAUUCUUUCAUGGAUAUAGAUUAUUGAAGAACCACAAUUUCUACAACUUGUCUAAGGAUAAAAAGAGGACUAUCACAUUUAUAACUGACUCCUUAGGAAAGACGUUUGCUAUUUAUACAACUGGUAACGUUCAAGCUGAGGCCAUCAAUGGAAGAGAAUUCUCAGUAAAACUUUGGACCCAGGAGAGAAUUACAGAAGAGGAAGGAUGUACUUUCUGUGGUGUCAUUUGAGUGAUAAAAUAAUCUAAGCCUCUUUUCCUCCAGUCAAAAGAUAGUAUGUGCAAAAGGACAUGCAUUUGAGGUUCUAGUGUCUCUAUAUGCUUUUGCAUGUGUGGUAUUUAGUAAACUUCUUAUGAAAUACUCAUUCUUAUCAGUUUUAUAUUUGGUCAGUUCUAGAAUACUGACCUUUUGAUGUCAUCUUGGACUAUCCUAUUAAAUUAAUCUAAUUUGUGUAAAUAUAAAUCUGUAUUUCUAAGAAUUCUCUGGCUAGAAAUCUCAAUGAUCAGAUACUUCUUGCGAACUGUAACUUGGUCCUUUUAUGUAAGGGUGUUGACUGGGAAAAAACACAGAACUAUUAAAUAGUCAGGAAAACCACUCUUUAUGGAAAGGGGUACAGUGUUAAUUGGGCCUCCAUGCAGAGCUGCUUACCCCAUGCCUAUGCAGUAGUCCAGGGAUUGAACUCUGGUUGCUGUGGACACUUAUCCCUAGGAAACAACUGGGCUGGAUUGGACAAUUCCAAGGAGCCAUUAAAGUUGGGGACCUUAAACACCUUUCUAGGUGAAACUUGGGGGCUGAAGAUGAGAGGGACAGUUGACUUUACAAAGGCAAAAAAGGAAAAUGAGGAGUUCCAGACAGGAAUAACAGCGAGGGACUGAUGCUUUACAGAGGACACAAAGGGGAAAGACCCAGCCAAGGGCUGGAGCACCUAGAUAAAGGACUUCAGCCUAAGGGGAGAAACCAUUGUGAUGAAAGAUACUUAACAUGUGGUGAGAUUAAAUAUUCCCACCCAAACUACCUCAAAAUCCACUGUUAGUCUGAGAGGCUAUGAAGUAGGACUUUCCCUCAGGGAGGAACUCUCUCCUGACCAGGUCCAACCUGGGGUUUUCACCUUUAAGCUAAGUAAACUGGAGAUCAUUAAAUUUUUCUAGGAUACAAUUUGGGGGCUUUUAGACUCCAAGUUGACACUACCGUCACUUUGGAGUCUUCAUCUAUAACCUGCCAGUGGCGGUUAUAAAAAGGGAUUUUUCCUUUGUGGGUUGGGACUCGAGAAGGAGUGAGGAGUCUGAGAAUAUGAGUGAAGAAUGAGACAUGGACAAGUCAAAGUAAUUGAUAGGGCAGGCGUGAUCCCUAUGACAUUUUCCCUGGAAGAAGAAUUAAAGGAAAAUGUGAUGUUUGCAGACACAUGGAAGUAAGGAUUCCGAGAUAGAAAGCCCAGAGAAGCCUUAGUAAAGGGAGAGACAGUCAAGCGAGAACUUGAAGAUUGCAGCAACAAGAAAGAAUCACGCCUUUACCCCAGGUUUUAUUGGGGAUUGCCAGGAUCAAUGACCACGAAGCAUAGAUAAUUCAGAUUGGAUGGGAAAGUAAUGGUGACACCUUUUGGGCGUGUUGACUUCAACCCCUGCUUUUACAAAGGAAUUUGACUCUGCACCAAAUGUUAAUGAGUUUGCCUUGAACAAAGGCAGCAUGGCUAGGUCAAGAGUCCAACCACAGAUAUCAUGGUUCAAACCUUGUGUCUGAAGAUACAAUAUCUAUACAUCAAUUAUAUUUCUUAGAUGUGAAUAUGCUUGGGAUGCUACACCAUCUUUCAAGCUGACUAAACUUGAGGUUCUCUUAGAUUCCAUGUUGACAGUAUCUAGCUCUUUUUUCAAUAUCUUGUGUAUCCCCAAUCUCGGAGUUUUUUUUAACAGUCCUACCAUCAUUAGCCAUAUCUGACAGGCAAGAAUAUUGAGGCUCAUUGAUACUGAGUCACUUUUCCUAAUUCAUGCCUCUAAUGAAUAUAGAUUAUUCCAGUCAAAUCAGUGUUUCCUAACCUGAAAUCCAAUGCUUUGUGUCAAGCUGUGCCAGCUUGAAAUUUGGAGACCCCAAGUCUGGCCCAGUCCCCAGAGAGCUCACUGAGGCAAGUCCUGGACUCACCCUUUUCAGACAGAAUAGACCUAAAGGUAGUUCUAAUCAGAUGCUAAGCACCUUUUUGUCCUAGUACCAGUUCUCCCAGGGUAGCCCAGUCCUUGGUGGACUCUUCCCUUUUGUAUCCAUUAUAAAGCAUCAACCUCUCCCAGAUAAUCCUAGUAGCCUGGGUAAUGUCAGUCAAUCAUACUUCCCUGUCCUUGGUUCCCCUAACAGUAUAAGAGAUCCCCAAGUCUAUCUUUGAAUUUUCCUUUUGUCUCUCUGAUCUGUGGUGUCCAACCUCUGAUCUCCAACCCUCUACACAGCAAAGCUGAGAAGUGGGAGCUUGGUAAGAAGAAGAAUCUUUAACCUUAGAUGAGUUGGUUAACAGAAAAGUUUUGAUAAAUGAGGACCUUUGUUAAUAAGAUUGGGUGACACAUUCAGAGGAAGAACUAUGCCAAUAGAAACACAGAAGAAAAACAACUGCUUGAUCACAUGGGUUGAUGGGUAUAUGAUUGGGGAUGUAGACUCAAAAAUCACUCUAGUGCAAAUAUUAAUAUGGAAAUAGGUCUUGAUCAAUGACACGUAAAAUCCAGUGGAAUUGAGCACUAUGGAAGGGGGGGGGGGUGAGGGAGAGGAGGGAAAGAACAUGAAUCUUGUAA